UUCCGUUCUGUUCUGUUCUCCUGACACCACCUCAUUACUAGACGGAGGCACUAGACGUGACAGUCAACUAACUCCAUUUGAACUGAGCAGAGAAGAGGUAGUGAAGGAGACAUGUCUCAAAGGCAGCCUCACUCAACUAACCAGACUUUAAUUUCCAUCACAAAUGACACAGAAGCAUCAAGCUCUGUUGCCUCCAACGAUACCACUCAAAAAGGAUGGACCGGAGACAACUCUCCAGGACUAGAAGCACUGUGUGCCAUCUAUAUCACUUAUGCUGUGAUCAUUUCAGUGGGCAUCCUCGGAAAUGCUAUCCUCAUCAAAGUCUUUUUCAAGACGAAAUCCAUGCAAACAGUUCCAAAUAUUUUCAUCACCAGCUUGGCUUUCGGAGAUCUGUUGCUUCUGCUGACGUGUGUGCCCGUGGAUGCAACCCACUACCUAGCAGAAGGAUGGCUGUUUGGAAAGAUCGGUUGUAAAGUGCUUUCCUUCAUCCGGCUCACUUCUGUCGGUGUGUCAGUGUUCACGCUAACAAUUCUCAGUGCUGACAGAUACAAAGCGGUCGUGAAGCCACUUGAGCGACAGCCCUCCAAUGCUGUUCUGAAGACUUGUGCAAAAGCUGGUGGCAUCUGGAUCAUGUCUAUGAUAUUUGCUGUGCCAGAGGCUGUAUUCUCAAAUGUAUACACUUUCCGAGAUCCUAACAGAAAUGUCACAUUUGAAUCUUGUAACUCCUACCCUGUCUCUGAGAGGCUCUUGCAAGAAAUCCAUUCUCUGUUGUGUUUCUUAGUGUUCUACAUUAUCCCACUCUCGAUUAUCUCUGUCUAUUAUUCUUUGAUUGCCAGGACUCUUUACAAAAGCACCUUGAAUAUACCUACUGAGGAACAAAGCCAUGCCCGAAAGCAGAUUGAAUCCCGGAAGAGAAUUGCCAAAACAGUAUUGGUGCUGGUGGCUCUGUUCGCUAUCUGCUGGUUGCCGAAUCACCUCCUGUAUCUCUAUCACUCGUUCACUUACCGAAGCUAUGAGGAGCCCACUGACAUUCCUUUUAUUGUCACUGUAUUUUCUCGAGUACUGGCUUUCAGUAAUUCCUGUGUAAACCCCUUUGCUCUUUACUGGUUGAGCAAGACCUUCCAGAAGCACUUUAAAGCUCAGCUCUGCUGCUUCAAAGCAGAACAGCCUGAGACUUCUCUUGGUGACAAUCCUCUUGACAAUCUCACUGUGAUAGGGCGGGUCCCAGCUACUGGGAGCACACAGGUGUCUGAUAUUAGUGUGACCCUGUUCAGUGGCUGUAGCACCAAGAAGGCAGAGGACAAAGUUUAGAUUUUCCAUUAAAAAAAUGAUUUUUAGUCCCUUUGUGUGUAUCCAGCUUUAAGCUGUGCAUAGUACAGUGUCUGGGUUUUUGCUGUUCAUGUAUUGUGUUAAAGUUUUCAGAAUGAAUUUUCCUGUAAGUAAAAGACAAACUAUCAUUUUCUUCAAGGUGCAAACAGUAAUGCCGUUUGGGUUUUCUGAAUACAAUGAAGCCCACUGAGUAGAGAAAAACAGGGCUGGAAAUGCCAGUCAAUGGUGAAGAUGGCUCUAUAGGCGGGUGGUGGUAAACAAACAAGAUAAGUUUAAAAAUCCAAUUGGAUUCCCCAUCUUGGAUGCUCCUUAUCUCUCAUGUAUUUGUGUGGUUAUCAUAAAAUAGUGUUUGUGUAUAUUAUAUGCUGUAAAUCUAGGGAUUCUACUCUGUAAAUUAGACCAAAAAGAGAUAAAACAUCUCUUGUGGUGUUUUGUAAAUACACACACACACACACACUUUCACAGAGUGACUGCCCUUUUCCUUCAGUCACCAUUCCAUUCCAAGAAACCUUGCAAUUGAGACGCAAACGCUUGAGAAUCUGAGGGUGUAAGUGCUGCAUCUGGGGCAGGGUGCUUCCCACAUCGGGUCAACACAUCCUGACUUUAUGUAAUUCUACUGCCAUUGAUUAAUAACUAGGCAAAGCCAUGUCUCACAAAUGUUGUGAGGAAUUUGUCUUAUUCACAGGCCAGACAGGAGGCUACAGUGUUAGUGUGACCACGGGCCCCAGAGGAAGAUUCCUGUUCAAGUUUCUAAGCUGCCACUCUCUGAAAUUCUUUCCUCUAAGGAAGCUCAUUUCAUUUGGGUGAGCAGCGCCCUCUUUCUAAAAACUUGCAGAAUUGCCACACGGAAUCUCCAACACCUGGCUACGCAAGCAUUAUUGGAUCAUCUACCUGCUUGAUUUUACUCAACUUGAUGGGUGCGUAAGUCCUAGAGCUCAUCUCUGUUUCUAAAAGUCAGACAGAAGGCUCUGACUUUCUAUCCUCUGCUCCAACUUGCUAACGAAAAUAAGCUUAGUAACUGUAACUGGGAAAAAAGUCUUUGUAGUCACUAGAUUUGUCAGAUUUAAAUUUGUGCUUUCAGAAAAUGUAUUCUUGAAGUAAAUUGAAGCUUAUCUUUGGCAUAGUUACAUUUGAAUUUUUAAAAACUUGUUUUUUUUUUUUGAAAGUGCUUUUGGUAUUUUUGAGCUUUAAAUGACUUGUGCUAUUGUGAACUUCUGCUAAUUAUGUGGCUCAAAAUGGGGGGGGCAUAGAUUAACACAGGGCUUUAAAUGCCCUUAAAAUUGGCUUAGUUAAAGUUGGGGGUGCUAAUAUUGUAUUAACAUUGUUUAAAAGUGAGCAAAAUUGUUGUAAAACAUCUGGUGGUGAGAAAAUAAAUAAAUAAAAUUUG